CCCCCCACAACACUGCACGUGUGACAAACACUUUACUCGUUCGUGUUAUGUGCCACGAUAGUAAAUUUCAUAUUUGUAAAUUAUCGUAACACACAUUGACUUUUAGACUUUUAAUAAGGAUGCAAGCAGACAGCGUGGAAAAUGACUCCGCAAAGACUGGUUUUCUGCAGCCAUCUGAUAGUGAGAUACAAACCUGGAUGUCCGAGGCUUUUGGCAUGGCAGUAGAGGCACUUGAGAAGGGAGAGGUUCCAGUGGGCUGUUUGAUGGUUUACAACAAUGAGAUUAUUGGAAAAGGGAGGAAUGAGGUGAAUGAAACAAAAAAUGCUACCCGGCAUGCAGAAAUGGUAGCACUGGAUCAAGUGCUUGAUUGGUGCCAUUUCAGAGAAAAGGACCCAAAGGAAGUAUGUAAACAAACUGUGCUUUAUGUGACGGUGGAGCCAUGUAUAAUGUGUGCGGCUGCCCUGCGCCUGCUACACAUACCUCUUGUUGCAUAUGGAUGCAAAAAUGAGCGGUUCGGAGGCUGUGGCUCAGUCCUGGACAUCUCAUCAGAUGAUUUACCACACACUGGGACUUCAUUUAAGUGCAUUUCGGGCUAUAGAGCAGAAGAGGCGGUUGAAAUGCUCAAGAUAUUUUAUAAGCAGGAAAAUCCAAAUGGUUCUUCUCCAGCUCUUGCUUUCCCUGUGGCCUUAUAUAACACAGAACACUGGUUCCGAACCCUCAGUGAUCUUAAUCCUGGGCUCACCAAAGCAGAUGCAGUGGCAGACCCAAGCGGAGUUUCCACUUACCUCAUUGCAAGAUACUUUCAUUUGAAGGCCAUUACUUUGGUACACCUGUGACAAAUCUUCACUUUGUAAUCUCAUGCAACUUUCUGAAACACUCGAAGCACACAGGAGGGCCUAAUAAGCACACUUCCACUUGUGAAAGAAUUAAUGUCAUGUUGCGUUUAUGGUUAUUAAAGUAUAAUGUAGCUCUCAUGAACAGUACCAUAAUGAUCUCUAAAGCCCACAUUAUUAAAUUGCCAUGUAAUGUGUUAUUAGUGGCUGGAAGUGGGUUUUUUUGUGGGUGUACGCAUGAAAGAGAAAUCAAGCGGUUUUGGAAGUAGAUGUGAGGUGUCUGGGACAUUAAGAUCUGUAAUUUUUCAAGGCCUGUCAGCUUACACGGUUAUGGGUUCUGCUGGUAAUAUCAUAUGUUUGAAAAAUAUCCUCUGUCAGUCAGUUACUGCACUGUUAUUGUCAUUGUAAGCAGAGAUCCCAUGUGUUUUAUUGUUUUGUUAUGAAUGAUCAGACAUCGAGUGCUCACAGCUGGCUUUUUUAAUAUGAAUGUACGGUCUUGAUGUUGAAAUGAGAGGAACUGUCAUGAAUAAAUAA